UGAUGGGAUUUUGCCGGAAUUACCUAGCUACCGGCUUCCGGAAAGGUUUUCCGUCCGUCCGGCUCUGCGGACUCAAGGAGAGAAAGGAAAAAACGUUCCUUAGUGUAACUACACUUGGGACCUAAAACGAUUCAUAAAUUUUUGUGCACAGGUCCACAUCCGCCUCCCCAUGCAGAACUCCAUGAAAUGAAUAAAGCACCACAGCCCAUAACAGGACCCCCCUCCACCCCCCACCCUGCCCCCUCCCCUGGCCUUUCACAGCCCCCAUUCCCCCCUGGGCAACCCCCUUCUGUUGUGUUUGCCUCCCCACCACCUCCACAAAUGAACCCAACACCACAGCCCCGACAGUUUGCCCCAGGGCCCCGACCUAUACACCAACAGGGAAGCUUCAGGUCGCUGCAGCCCUAUUACACCAACAGGGCCAGCCUGCCUCCCAACAGUGGGCCUCGGGGUGUCCCUCCCAGCAGCGGCCCUCGGCCGGUGACGCCCACCCACGUCUACCAGCCGGGCCCUGGCUCCCAAAUGAUGAUGAUCCCUGGGCAGCAAUUGCCCUUCCCCAGCUCACCACAGGGACCCGCCUACUUUAUACCGGGACAGUACCGGUCAGCAACCUACGUGGCCACGCCCCAGCAAUACCCGGUCCCACCAGGCACCCCAGGCUUCUACCCAGGCACGAGCCCCGCUGAAUAUGGUACUUAUGCAGGGGCCUACUACCCCGCCCAGCCUCAGUUCACCCCAUCGGUGCAGGCGGCACCCGUUAUUAUGAACCCAGCCCCUCAACAGCAGCAACCACCACCUCAGCCUCCCCAACACAUCCCCACCAAACGGGAACGUAAACAGAUCAGAAUAAGAGACCCUAACCAAGGUGGUCGAGACAUUACAGAGGAGAUUAUGUCAGGGGGCCGCAGUGGCUCUACCCCAACCCCACCACAGACAGCCAUAUCGGGAUCAGAAAGUACAGCUUUUGUGCAGGCCAACGGUGAGAGUGUCACAGCUGCUGCUACACCAGCACUGGUUAGACCAGAUGACAGAGGGAAACCUACGCCCCCUCCUUUGUCAAAGACCCCUGAACUUGCUAAGGGUGACCUCAUCCCGACAGAGGCAACCUCCUCUGACACGAACACUAAGCCACCUGCACCCCCUCUACUAUCAGAAGCAGACGAUAUCCCUCUCAAAACUAUUCCUACACCUGCACCCAGUGCUCCUGUUGCAGAUGUGAUGGAUGCUCCCCCACCUCCCAGGAAAUCCACCCCACCCCCCCAGUCAGCGCCUGAGGUGCCCGCCUACCCUGCACCCCUCCCUGACCCUGUUCCCACCUCUGCUGCACAAGACAAAACAGACAAGAAAAUCACAGAGGCAAAGGAGAAGGAGGUGUUGAAAGAGAAGGAGGCUAAAGCAGAGGAGGCAGCUGCACCUCCAUCGACUAACGGUGUCGCAGAGGUGGAGCCAGAAAGCCCGACGGUCAUGUUGCCACCCAGUCACCUGGAGACUCUGGAGUCUCCCAUUGCACAGCCAGAGGAGCUACGCCUCCCCAACGGCCUGCCGCUGCCAGCCCCUCAAGACCCCGAGGUGCCUGCCACCAGCCCGACUGAGUGUGACGACAGCCCCAUCGCUGAGCCUGACAUCAGUGAGCAGUCUGUCAUACAGACCUCCGCAGCGAUCACUCAGGCAGCGCCUACACCUGUGUUCCAAGCCCCACCUGCCCCUGUUGAUCAGCCUGCCCCUGCACCCGCUGUCCAGGAGAUUCUUGCUGAGCCUGCCAUCCAGGCCGCACCCACCCAGCCUGAGGUACAAGAAACGGUUCCUCCAGUCGCCCUGGACAUCAAAGAAGAUAUCCCAGUGCCCCAGUCCACCGCCAAGGAAGAGAAGCCAUCUCCUGCAGAGCCAGUUUCCAUAGUUGACAAUGACCGCACCCCAGAAACUGUGCCCACUCCUCCCCCUCCCACAGCAGAGGAGAGGGAGGACACCCCUCCUCCCCAGACAGUCACCCCUGCCCUUGUAGAAACUACUAUGCAAGCCGCUGUGUCUGUGCCAAAGAAAAAGAGGAAGAUGAAAGAUCUAAACAAAAAGGAGGCAGUGGGAGACCUCCUGGAUGCCUUUAAAGAGGAGCAAGUAGUGGCUGCGCCGGAGCCCGAGCCAGCUCCUGUCCUAGCACCAGAGACCAAGCCCCCUGCUGCUUCCCCUCCUGCCCCAGAGGAGGCGGACCUGACCUGGGAGGACAAGGAGGACAAAGAGGACAAGCAAGACGCUGAGAACAUUAAGCCAGACUCUAAGCAGACCGACACUGACAAGAAGUACCAGUACAAAGAGGAACAAUGGAAGCCAAUCGACCCAGAGAAGAAGAAGCAAUAUGACCGAGAGUUUCUUCUGGGCUUCCAGUUCAUCUCAGCCAGCAUGAACAAGCCUGAGGGUCUACCAGCCAUCAGUGAUGUUGUCUUAGACAAGGCUAAUAAGACCCCUCUGCGUCAACUGGACCCCAGUCGUCUAACAGGAAUGAAUUGUGGACCUGACUUCACACCCUCCUUUGCCAAUCUUGGCAGGCCUGGCAUGGGAGGAGGAAGCAGAGGACCACCGCCAGGUAUGGGUAUGGGAGUUGGUGGUCCACGUCGCUCCCAGCAGAUGCAGAGGAAAGAGCCAAGGAAGAUCAUCACCACCAUGUCACUCGGUGACGACGUGCAGCUGAACAAGGCAGAGAAGGCUUGGAAACCUACAGUGAAAAAAGUUGUUCACAAUCGUGCAGUAGAGGAGCCUGAGAACGAUUCAGAGCAUGCUAAGACUCAGGACCUGUUUAAACGGGUUCGCGGCAUCCUCAACAAACUGACUCCCCAAAAGUUUCAACAGCUAAUGAAACAGGUGACGGAACUGACUAUUGACACUGAGGAGAGAUUGAAAGGAGUCAUAGAUCUUACCUUUGAAAAGGCCAUUUCUGAACCAGACUUUUCAGUGGCCUAUGCCAACAUGUGCCGCUGCCUUAUGGGGCUUAAAGCCGAAACCACAGAUAAGCCGGGAAACACUGUGAAUUUCCGCAAGCUGCUGCUAAAUCGAUGCCAGAAGGAGUUCGAAAAGGAUAAAGAUGAUGACGAGAUCUUCGAGAGGAAGCAGACAGAGCUGGAUGCUGCCUCAGUGGCGGAAGAGAAGCAGCGGCUCAGCGAUGAGCUACAACAAGCUAAAGACCAGGCCAGGAGGCGCUCACUGGGCAACAUCAAGUUCAUUGGUGAGCUGUUCAAGCUUAAAAUGCUCACAGAGGUCAUCAUGCAUGACUGCAUUGUAAAGCUGCUCAAAAACCAUGACGAGGAGUCCCUGGAGUGCCUGUGUAGACUGUUGUCCACUAUCGGCAAGGACCUAGACUUUGAGAAGGCCAAGCCUCGUAUGGACCAGUACUUCAAUCAGAUGGAUAAAAUAAUAAAGGAGAGGAAGACCAGCUCCAGGAUCCGCUUCAUGUUGCAGGAUGUGCUGGACCUUCGACGGAACAACUGGGUGCCCCGGCGAGGCGAUCAGGGCCCCAAGACCAUAGACCAGAUCCACAAAGAAGCUGAGCUGGAGGAGCACAGGGAGCAUAUGAAGGUGCAGCAAGCCCUCAUCUCCAAGAAAGAGACGGGUGGCGGCCCUGGAGGCAGGAUGGGUGGAGGAGGUUCCGGGGGUCGUGGAGGCCCUCACAUCCAAGGCCGUGGUGGUCCUCCCCAGGACGAGGGCUGGAAUACAGUGCCCAUCUCCAAGAACCGGCCUAUUGACGCCUCUCGCCUUAGCAAAAUCACAAAGACUCCUGUUCUUGACUUCAACAAUCAGUUGCUUGCCCCAGGAGGUAAAGGCACAUGGGGGAGCUGGGGUAAGGGCAGCAGCGGUGGCACCAGCGCCAAACCUGCAGAUUCUGGCUCAGAGCCAGGCGGCCGUCCAACCACCAGCACUCUGAACAGGUUCUCAGCCUUACAGCAGCCGUCCUCCUCCUCAGGCUCUUCCCUGGACUCGGACAGACGAGUUCCUCAGAGAAACAGCUCGAGUCGAGAGCGCAGUGAUCGCUUCGACCGCUCUGAUCGUGGCACUGACCGAUUUGAAAGACGGGAUGAACGGCGGGACGACCGUGAUCGUAACCGACUGCAGGUCACCAAGCGCAGCUUCAGUCGGGAGAACGAAGAGCGGAGCAGGGAGAGAGAGCAGCGUGGGCCGGCCGAUCCUGUCCGCAGAGUAGCGAGCAUGACGGACGACAGAGGCAGCAGAGACAGAGCCAGGAGCAAAGAGAAUGUUAAGCGGGAGACAGCUGCCCCAUCUCCCCCUCUCCAGACCCUGACCACCACCAAGCCUGCCUUGACCGAGGAAGAACUGAGCAAGAAGUCGACCGCUAUCAUCGAGGAGUACCUCCAUAUCAACGACAUGAAGGAGGCUCUACAGUGUGUGCAGGAGAUGAACAGCACUCAGCUGCUCUUCGUGUUUGUGCGAAACGGGCUGGAGUCGACGCUGGAGCGCAGCACCAUCGCCAGGGAGCACAUGGGCCUGCUUCUGCAACAGCUUAUUAAGAACGACAUCCUCCCAACACAGCAGUACUAUAAUGGGCUUCAGGAGCUCCUGGAGGUGGCUGAAGACAUGGCAAUAGACAUCCCCCACAUCUGGCUCUACCUGGCAGAACUGAUCACUCCCAUGCUCCAUGAGGGAGGCAUCCCCAUGGGAGAACUUUUCAGGGAGAUUUCAAAGCCUUUGAUCCCCCUGGGCCAAGCUGGAGUCCUGCUGGUCCAUAUCCUCACUUUACUCUGCAAAGGAAUGAGCCAUAAAAAAGCGGGCACCAUGUGGAGGGAGGCUGGCCUCCGGUGGAAAGACUUCCUCCCCGUGGACGUAGACGUCAACAAGUUUGUGACAGAAGAGCAUGUGGAGUUCACACUGGGCGACGAGUCGGAGGAGAGCAAAAAGAAGCUGAGCUCUGCAGAGCUGACCAAACAGCUGGAGAGACUGAUCCAGGACAAGGCCAACAACCAGAGGAUCUUUGACUGGAUUGAGGCCAACCUAGAUGAGCAGCAGACCUCCUCCAACAUGUUUGUCAGAGCUCUGAUGACCUGCGUCUGCCAGUCAGCAAUCAUCUGUGAGAACCCCAACAAGGUGGACAGCGAGCAGAUCAAACUGAGGGCCAAGGUGUUGCAGAAAUACCUGAAGGAUGAGCAGAAGGAGCUGCAGGCUCUGUAUGCCCUCCAGGCCCUGAUGGUGCAGAUGGAGCAACCUGCCAAUCUGCUGCGGAUGUUCUUUGACACUCUUUACGACGAGGACGUGAUCAAAGAGGAUGCCUUCUACAAGUGGGAAUCUAGCAAAGACCCCGCCGAGCAGCAGGGCAAGGGCGUGGCUCUUAAGUCCGUCACCGCCUUCUUCACUUGGCUCCGCGAGGCCGAAGACGAGGACGAGUCCGACAAUAGCUAGGGGCCCCUCGAGCCGCUGGGAGAACUGUUGGGAGUUCAGAGAGGAUCAUUGGGGAGAGCAAUCGUUCUGUGGAUGAUUCAGAAGACCCCGAGUCAGCAAAAACCUUCUGCAUAAACAGAAAAAAAAAGAAAGAAAAAAAUUCUUCAUCUGGGAGAGAUUGUAUUAUGGAUCGAACGUUCGAUCAUGUUAUUUUUUUGUUUUUUUGUUUUUUCGGGGGGUUUCUUGUUUUUCCUUGCGCAACUGAAUGUCUUUUUUGAAAUGAAUUAAAUUACAGAAUUAAAUAGAGAGAUUAGUUAUGAAAGAGAAUGCUGAGAAGCGUUACAAGCCGUGGGAGAUAAUACUGUUUCCUUCAGUAUUUUUUUGAGGUUUAUCUCCUGUUUUCAAAUGGCUUGUCCUCGCCACAGCAACACUAUUCAAGACACUGCUUAAUGACAGAUAUUUAAAACACCUUUAAAAGGCUGUUCACAUCUAUAUUUUUGAUGACUUCAUCCUUUAGCAUGUGAACACGGCACAGCAACAUUGUCAUGUCACGUGUACGGUGUUUGAGCUACAUGAGGCGCUUAUGUAGACGGCAAGCUUUUGUUUCUCUUUUUUCCGGCGUUGGAUGGUUGGAGUGUGCAUUUUAUAAUAAAAUAGAAAACUACAAAGAAGAGUGGCGAGAGCUGUGUAACGGACAUUUCGGACAGGAGUUAAAGUAAACGGUUGUUGACUCCCGAGGAUUUCACAGACUUUAUGUGGACAGUGUCACUGAGGAGCGGGGCAAUGAACAUUGACCAUUUUGCUGCUGUGGGGUACCCUAAACCCCGAAAUACCCUCCCAUGUGUCUGUUUGACUUGUUUCCUGCGCUUCAAAAAACAAACUCUGGACUGAAAGGGAGAGCAAGAGUGAAGGCUCACAUCAGCAACCUCCUACAAAGCCUGUUGUGGGAUUUAAAAAACAUAAAAUAAAAUGAAUAAGACUUGAAAAAAAGUAUACAAACGAAUCCACUUUAAUGAAAAAGAACUU